AUGCCCUGCCCGUAUGGUUGCCACCCCUCAUACGUGAUGCCCGUCCAGCUUCAGCCUCAGAUGUGCUGUCAUGGGUAUGCGUCCGACAACAUGUUCGGCGCCAUGAAGCAAGUAUUCCAUAUUUCUGGCUUCCUCCUUGGCCGCAUGAAGACAAGAAAUAACCGCUCUAACUUACUUCUUCUACUUUCCAGCUAUGCCGGAGCCUCAGCUGCCGGGGCUGCUGCUGGCGCUGCCUCUGGUGCCGCCUCGGGUGCCAUAUCCGGCGCUGCUGCCGGGGCUUUCGCGGGUGCUGCCGCCGGAGCGGGAGCCGCUGCUGGAGCCAACUUUGCCAACAACAUGCGGCCCAUGACCCCAGCUGCCAUGACGAUGCCAAUGAUGGGGUACAGCAUGAGUGCCGGACCUGUCUCCAUGGCCGCUCAGUCCUUUGUUUACACUUCUCCCGUCGGGCCCAACACGGGCAUCCCGAUCCAGAUCACGUCCUUUUACCCCAUUGGCACAUUUGUUGGCCCUGGCGGACCUGUCCAGGCGCCUAUGAACGGCUACGCGCCUCCGAUGACCAUGCCCUUUCGCCUAGCUCCUUAGACAGCUGCUGGAUUUGAUCAAUGGAGGGAGCAUGAGAGAGGGGAUCUGGUUUCGAGCUAGAUUUUGGAAUGACCUUGCACAUUGAGUGUGGGGCUAGAGGUUAUGGAUCUAGUUUUCUUUUGUGCAGGGACACGUUAGUUGCUUGGGUUUAUAGCGUCGUCUGGUAUAUUCGUGAGAGGGAUAUGAGGAAAUAACAUUGUUAGUUUUGAA